UGACGUCAGAUGUGGGUCACGGUGAAGUCACAUGAAGCAUUUCUAGCAUAAUAACAUUUCCAUCUCGUUUUUGCAGAUUCUUUGUCAAACAUUACUAUUAAACAAAGUAAUAGCUAGUUAACCAAAACGAUAAAAGCAUGGACGAGGACGGUUUACCGAUUGUGGGAUCUGGAAUAGAUCUGACCAAGGUCCCAGCCAUACAACAGAGGAGAGUCGUUGCCUAUCUCAACCAGUUCAUAGUCCACACUGUCCGGUUCCUCAAUCGUUUUUCGACAGUUUGCGAAGAGAAACUUGCUUCCAUAUCUCUUCGGAUACAGCAGAUUGAAACUACCCUCAGCAUUUUGGAAGCAAAGCUAUCCUCUAUUCCUGGUUUGGAGGACGUCAGGGUGGAGGGUGUUGGUCAGCGGCCAGCUACAGAGGUCAACGGUCCAGUCGCAGUCGUGGUCCCAAGUCAACCACAGACCCCUAUAGCUGUGCCAUUGCCACCUCCUGAGGCCUCUCCAAGCAUACCAGAACCAAGAUCAGCCGAGGCAGCAGGAGAGUGUUGGAUGACUGUGGCCAAGGAUCCACGCUAUGCCAGAUAUCUCAAGAUGGUGCAAGUGGGUGUUCCAGUUAUGGCGAUAAAGAAUAAAAUGGUCCAGGAAGGUUUGGAUCCCAACCUGCUUGACACACCAGAUGCACCUGUGCCUGAUGCAGGCAAAAAGAACACAGUGGAUCAAGAUGAUGACAGCGAUGAUGGCUGUGAGUCAUCUUUCAGCGAUUGAUCUGCUGUCUUAGCCACGAAGCUGCCUAUAGGGAACUUCCUUCCCUGUCAUCUGUACUCCAGGCCUUUUGUAUUGUGCUGCAGCAGGUGCACAGAAGGACUAGAUGCCAGUGUGUGCUUGACAGGCAGAACUACAGUGCUACCAGACAGAAAGUCCCACUUCUGUGGAUGAUCUGCAGGGAUGCAUGGGACUUACAAAAACAGGCACAUUGUUAAGUAGCUGAAAUGCAUUGUAGAUUGAGUGAAUGUCAACGAGAAAGAGCUGAGAAUGUCUAUAUCCAGGUCAGCCACUGACCUUAUUGUGAAUGUUAUAUUUUUGUUGCCAUUUCUUUUCCUGACACAUUUGAUUGGUCAUGGACAUUAUGUUUCUUUAUUUACAUAGUUUAGCAGUAAAACACAUGGAAUCACAACCAUGGAAAGUACUAACCAAAUAAUCGAUUAGUAAUUUAUCAUUAUUUUCUUUAGUCUGCACUGGGCAAACAUGCCUCUGCCCCAUGCCAGUAUCAUGUGAACAUUCCAAUGCCUUUGAAAGAGAUUGUGGGGCGGCAGGCAGCCUAGCCGUUAAGAGCGUUGGGCCAGUAACCGGAAUGUUGCUGGUUGGAAUCCCAGAGCCGACU